GUGAUACAUUUAUUCAGUUAUUUAAAGCAUAAAUAACACAUUGUCAUCCUGUUCUAGAUAAACACUACUUCCACCACUUCACUUAAGAGACUUGAGUAUCCAGUUCUUCGUUGACGUUCAGCAUUCAGUUGUUGGUCUUCACCUUUUCAGUCUAAAACCUGAGAAGCCAUCACCAUUUUGUUGUUUCACAUCAGAGUUUCCUGUGUCCAGGAUCUUCAAGACAGACUAAGCUAACUUUUCAUAUUUUUUGCACAUUUAUAUUUAGGUUAGGUUAGGAGUAGGUUAGGUUUAUAGAAGAGUAUUUAGUUAGUUUUGUUAGUUGUUUAUGCUCGUCUAGGGACAGUUACAUUUUGUGAGUUAUUGUUGUACAAGCUAUUGUAUAUUUUACGGGUCCAAGUGAGACAAGGAAGACCACUGCUUCCAAAAUGCCGAGGAAGGGCAAGCGAUCCCGCGCUCAGAAAGUGCGUUGGACGAGUCUCGACCUUGCUGAUCCUGCCCAACUUAGCCCAACCACUUCCGACCUUGGGUUAGAAAUGACACCUCCGUCAACCAGCCGGCUGUGGAUGAUGGAUAACGCACCCACAACUCCUUCUCCAGUCUACAAGGUUCAGAAAAUCCAGACACCCCCACAGUCCAAGAGCAGCUGGAUGACCUCUGGACCCAGCUGCUCACCAGUUGAAAAGCUUCCCCACUGGCCACACAAAGAACCUCACAUUGAAGAGACACAGCAAAGAGGGAGAAAACCUAUUUUCUCUGUGAGGGCGAGCCACAGUCAGAGUGAUGACAGAUACCACGUCUUCAGCAGAAAUCAUCAGUGCACCUGCAUUGCUCUCACAUUUCUGGCCUACCACAACGAGGGAUCACCGUUCAACACCGCCAACCUUGACAGAGUGCUCGAGAUGGGAGACUCACUCUAUGUCGGGAUCAAAAACCAGCUACUGUUGGAGGACCGAUAUGUUCAGGACCACCUGACUGUUGAGGAAAUGCCACAACAAGUUCUAACGGACAAUACUGUCUACGAUGUACGCAUGUCUCCCAUAAGAUGUGGAUGCUUGAAGGCCCAAGAAGGAAACCCUGGUGGCUGGUUGCCUCUGGAUGCACAGCUUCAGUCUCUCUCCACAGAUGUCACCCAUGCUACCCUGAUUGUAUCUCCAGAGUGCAUUAGAGUGUUCCGUGAUGGAUCAGGAAGAUACGGAGUCUUUGAUUCUCAUUCAAGAAAUGCAAGAGGAUUGCCCUACCCUGAUGGAACUGCUAUUAUGCUGACUUUCAGCCACCUAAGUGACCUUGUCAAUCACCUGAACAGUCUGUUUAACAGCCGUGGUACCCAUGCCAGCUACGAGUUUGUGCCAGUGUCUUUUCGUAGCGUUGACCAAUCCAGUGAAUGUCAUGGACAACCAGAUGAUGUGGAGAGCACACAAAGUCCUGCUGUACCACCACCAGAAAGUUGUGCCACAAAACAACUUACAGAGAGCAACGUGGAGGUACCUCAACUAGAAACCAUGGCACAGACCAAAGAAACCAAGUCAGACGUGACUUCAGAUGUCCCACAACGACAAGAUGAUGUGGAAGUCCAGGAUGCAGAAGAAAAGCUGUCCAAAGUGAGCAAGGAAAGGCGACGUAGAGCUUUGCGCAGAGCAACUACAAAAACAAAGACAGAGGACAAAUCUACAUCUGCACAGAAAACCAAUUCAAGAAACAAAUAUGAAAAAAAGAAAUAUGCCCACUGUUCAGAAUUCCGGAUGAAAAGACUGAAGGCUGUGAAAACAAAAUAUGUGCAGGACAGUCAGUACAGAGAGCAAAAGCUGUUGUCUGCUGCUGAUCCCUGUCUUGGAACCAAAAAGAAACUGUACAGUCUCAGAAGAUACAUGACAGAUCUGGAUUUUCAGACUCGACGGAAAAAAUACAUGGCCCAGAGGUAUAAUACACAUUCUGAUGUCAGACAGAAGAAGAAAGCGUAUAUCACAUCAAAGUAUGCAUGUGACCAGGAGUUCAGGCAAAAACACAAUGCUUCCAUGACAUCAAAGUAUGCAUGUGACCAGGAGUACAGGCAAAAACGCAAGGCUUCCAACACAUCAAAGUACGCAUGUGACCAGGAGUACAGGCAAAAACACAAGGCUUCCAUCAGAUUGAAGUAUGCAUGUGACCAGGAGUACAGACAAAAAUGCAAGGCUUACAUCGCAUCAAAGUAUGCAUGUGACCAGGAGUACAGGCAAAAGAAAAUACAAAAAACAAAAAAAAGUAACCAAACAAGGUAUCACAAUGACCCAGCCUUCAGGCUGCAACACAACAAGCGCUGUGCUGAGCACAGAAGAGGUAAGUUCACAACAAAUCCUGUAUCUCACAUCCGUUUCAAAUUGGACCGUGCACUUCGGAUAAAGAAGAAAUACAGACGGACUGUAAUCAACUGCCACCAAAGUCAAAUGCCCCAAGAUCAACCACAGCGUGUGAUCAAUGCUGUGAUGGAGGCUGCCAUAUCUUCAUUCCGGGAAAAGACGAAGCAAGGACCCACCUAUGUCUGUACAGUGUGCCACAGGACUCUGUUUCCUAAUCAAGUGAUACGAUGCAACAGAGCAAAAUGCAACAAAAACAGUGAUGUGGCUGCUGCUUGUUUAACUGGUAAGUAUGUUCACGUCUGUGACAUGGGAUGCCCGUCCACCUGUACCAUGCCAUCUGAAAGAAUGCAGGAGUGGAUCUGCUACACCUGUGAUGGCCACCUGAGAAGAGGAAACAUGCCAUCUCUUGCAGCAGCAAACAAAUUGGAGCUGGCACCAAUUCCUUCAGAACUGGCUGAACUGAAUGUACUCGAGAGACAGCUGAUUGCAAAGAUCUUACCUUUCGCAAAAAUCAUUGCCUUGCCAAAAGGACAGCAAAGAGCGGUACACGGUGCUGUUGUGUGUGUGCCUUCUGAAGUAGAAGCUACAGUGAACUGUCUCCCAAGACCCAGCAGUGAUGCCCAGCUACUGAAAGUGAAACUGAAACGGCGCAUCAAGUACAAAGGACAUCAGUACUUCUUCACCGUCAACAUGAAGAAUGUGCUAGCUGGACUAAGGACACUCAAGGACAUCCAUUCGGAAUACAAAGAUGUAUCUAUUGAUGAAACUGCUACAUUCGACAGUCUCCAAGAUGAUGAAGAAGAGACACAACAGGACAAUGGAGAUGCAAGUGAGCAGGCUGACCAGUUGCAAAACCCAGACAAAGAGGAACUUCGACCUGGUCUGAUCUUAGACUCUUGCAUGCAGCCACCCGACAUAGCACAGGAAGUGUUAUCUUACGGAGAUGGAAUUUUCAGUGUUGCACCAGCCCAAGGAAACAAACCUGUUGGCUUCUUUGCCAUACCAAAACUUGAAGCCAUGGCCUUCCCUGUGCAGUUCCCAACAGGCCAGAACACAUUGGAUGAGGUCAGGAGAAACAAACUGUCACCGAGCAAGUACUUUAAUGCGAGACUGUUCUGUGUUGACACACGCUUUGCGAGCGACCAGUGUUACCUGUUCUUCUCGCAAUUUGUGACAGAAACACACAUGGCUACAAACAGCAUGUCAAUCCAAAUGCGCAAAGGCAAGCCGAUGACGAGAGAUGGACGCAAAAUCUCCAGCAAGAUGCUUCAGGAUAAACAAGAGGUGGAAAAACUAAUCACAAACAGGGACGCAACACGCUUCAUGCAACCUCUGCGAGGGACUCCAGCAUACUGGGAAAAAGCACUGAAAGACAUGAAUGCUAUGGUCAGGCAGUUGGGAAAGCCUACAUUCUUCCUAACAUUUUCUGCGGCUGAAAUGAGAUGGCCUGAGGUCAUAGAGGCAGUAAAAGCUCAACAAGGAGAACAAGUUGACUUUUCAAAGCUGGACUGGAAUGCCAAAUGCGAGAUACUUCGAAGCAACCCUGUGACUGUUAUGCGGCUGUUUGAGAAAAGAGUUGACGCGCUUAUGACGGAUCUGUUGCUUUCCCCUGCACAGCCCAUUGGAGAAGUAGAGGACUACUUCUAUCGAGUGGAAUUUCAAGCGAGAGGAAGUCCUCACAUUCAUAUGCUGGUUUGGAUCAAAGAUGCACCCGAGUAUGGAGACAAAGAUGACGACGUAGUCAUCAUGUUCAUCGACCAGUACAUCACAUGCCAGAUGCCGGACCAAAAUGCAGACCCAGAGCUGCACAAAAUCGUAUCAGAGGUUCAAGUCCACAGCAGGAACCAUUCAAAAUCCUGCAAGAAAGGCAAUGUAUUGUGCAGAUUUGGGUUUCCAAAACUACCCAUGGACAAGACCGUCAUCAGCUAUCCAGAUGAAGAUGAAUAUGAUGAAGAUGAAGAUGAUGAAAAAGAUGAUCAUCAUGAUAACAGUGAUGACCAGCAACAGGUAAGUGGCCAAAAAAACAGACGCCAAGGCAAAAAGGGAAAACGAAAGAGCAAGAGCAAGAAAACAGCUCUUCUGAAGAGACAAAAGGAGGCCAAGGACAAGCUACAAACACUGAGGAAUUUCAUUAGUGACCCAAAUGCCUCAUUCAACAACUUGUCUGAGCUGCUGGAAAAAUGCAACCUCACCUAUCAGGAAUACAGGAAACACGUCGAAAAUCUAACAGUGAGCAAUGUCAUUCUGCUGAAACGUCAUCCAAAGGAGUGCUGGGUGAAUGGAUACAAUGCUGAUUUGCUGAGAGCAUGGAACGCAAACAUGGACAUCCAAUUUGUGCUGGACGAGUACAGCUGUCUCAUGUACAUGAUGUCGUAUGUGUCAAAGCCGGAACAUGAGAUGAGCCACUUCCUGGAUCAAGUCAUUCGUGAUGUGAAGAAAAUGGACGUCAACGAGAAAGAUGAAAUGAAGCACAUAAUGCAGGCAUACGCUAAACACAGAGAGGUCAGCGCUCAAGAGUCUGUGGCACGGACAUGCAGCUUGCCACUCAAAAAGUGCUCACGAAAUGUGGUGUUCAUCCCGACCGACGACAAUGCAGUGAAGAUGAGUCUUCCUAUGAGCAGGUUAAAAGACGUUUCACCAGAUUCAGAACAAGUGUGGAUGUCAGGCCUACCGGACAAAUAUGCAGAAAGGCCCGAAAAACCUGAAGAAUAUGAAUUUUUGUGUCUGGCUGACUUUGCAUCUCACUACAGGACUCUCUAUGGACAACAAUGCAAAGGAAAAAAUGCAGUCCCCCUUCUGAACGACAAAGGACACAUUCAAAAAAGAACUGCAGGAAAGCCGGCCAUCAUUAGAUUCGCUCGCUUCUCAGAAAAGAAAGAUCCAGAAAGAUUCUACGGACGACUCCUCAAACUGUACCUCCCACACAGAUCAAAUGAUGACCUGAAGAGCAAGGAAUACCCCACCUACGAACAGUUCUACAAAUGUGGGCGAACGUGGGGAUUUAAGGUACGAACUCUGGUCGACGCCAAGCAGAAGCAGUACGAAGGACAUGGGGAAAAAAUUGACAAGGCGCUGGAAAAAAUUCAACAGGAAGGCGUGGUCGUUGAUGCGUGGAACAGCUUUGCACCUGAGGUGGAAGUGGAUCGUCUGGAAUGCAUCAACCAACGAGAAGAAAUAAAUACCAAUGAGGAGGUGGACAACAUACCAGACUUUGCAGUGGAUCGGACCAGCAGUAUAGCUGUACCAGCAAUCGAGGCACCAAAGCUUAGCCCGGACUUUGUGAGGAAGCUAUACCAAAGCCUCAACGAAACUCAGGCGUCCAUAUUUUACACUGUGCGUGACUGGUGCCUCAAACGUGUCUGGGGGCACAAUCCUGACCAGUUCUUUUAUUUUGUCAGUGGUGGAGCUGGCAGUGGAAAGUCACAUGUGAUCAAAUGCAUACAUGAGGAAGCAACCAAGAUUCUGCGCCAACUCCCAAGAUUCCGCGACCAAGGAGACAUGUCAACGCCUGCAGUGCUACUGACUGCAUUUACUGGGACUGCAGCCUUCAACAUCUCUGGCAGGACAUUACAUUCAAUGCUAAAAUUACCAAGAAGCUUGAAACCACCAUACCAGGGACUCGGAAAUGCACUGGAUGAAAUGAGAGCAAUCCUGUCCAAUGCGGAAAUACUAAUAAUAGAUGAAAUCUCAAUGGUUUCAAAGGAGUUAUUUGCCUACGUCCACUGGAGAUUUCAACAGAUCAAAGGCAACAAGAAGCCCUUCGGAGGAAUGUCCGUCUUGGCAGUGGGAGACUUCUACCAACUGCCACCACUUGGCAAAGCAAAACCACUGUGCAUGUAUGAGGAGGGCAUGCUCGACGUAUGGAAAGACAACUUCAAAAUGGUCAAUCUGACACAGAUCAUGCGGCAGAAAGAUGAUCUUGUUUUUGCAGAGCUUCUGAACAGGUUGCGGGUGAAGAAGAAGACAGACGAACUCAGAGACGAGGACAGAGCUUUACUCACCCAGACUGUGAUCGACAUCAAGGACUGUCCACUCGAUGCCCUGCAUAUCUUUGCAACAAACAAAGAGGUUGAUGAGCACAAUCGGACAACUGUAGCAGCUCUCCAUGCGGAUUUUGUCAACGUUAAGGCACAGGACUACGCCAAAGACCCCACCACAGGUGAAAUGAUCCAGACUGGAGGCUUCAAAGGGAUGAAAAGAGAUCUACCUGACUGCAUACAAGCUGCGCACGGAGUACGCAUAAUGAUACUCAGGAAUCUGGAUGUGGAGGAUGGACUUGUGAAUGGCACAUUUGGAACCAUUGCCAACAUCGUAACAGGCCAGCAGGACGGACAAAGAACAGUUACAAUGAUUGGACUUCAACUGGACAAUCCAACCGCCGGACAGAGAUUCCGUAAGAAGAUCCAAGGGCAAUCGGAUAACCUGGUCUACAUUGAGAGAACUGAGGAGAACAUGACCAAAAAAGGAGCCGUACGAAGGCAAUUCCCAAUGAAGUUGGCUUUCGCCUGCACAGCCCACAAAGUCCAAGGCAUGACAAUGGAGUCGGCAGUGGUGUCACUGAAGCGUGUGUUUGAGCCUGGAAUGUCAUAUGUUGCCCUCAGUAGGACAACGUCACUUGGAGGGCUGCACAUCACGGACUUUGAAGAAAAGAAAAUCUACGCUGAUCCUGAAAUCACAGCUGCAAUGGAAAAUAUGAACCAAGCGUCAUUCGAGUGCACAAGACCACUCUUGCAACAUGCGAAAGCCCAAAACCUCAAAAUUGUUCACCACAAUACACAAGGACUUCCAUCUCACAUCGAGGACCUGAAAUGCCACCAUGAACUGGCACUUUCCGAUGUGUUAUGCAUAACGGAAACACAUCUGUCUGGAUCCUUUGUUUCCCCAAAGUUCCAGUUGGAAGGAUACAAAAUGUUUUCACGCAGCAGACAAGUGUCCUACACGAGCUUCAAAGACAUGGCAACAAAAGAUGGUGGAGGAGUUUCAGUGUACUGUAAGAGCCACAUUCAGGCAGAGGCUCGGAGGUACUUUCACAAUGUGACCGAUCUCGAGUUUGUAGUGGUCAAACUUCAGGCCCCAGUCAAAACCGUCAUUGCAGCUGUUUACCGACCACCACACUACUGUCUCAAGAACUUUUUGCCAAACUUGGAAAGCCUCUUGGACUCAUUGGACCUGAUGAAUCAACAGCCAGUCGUUGUUUGUGGAGACUUCAACGAGGACCUCCUGUGCAAAGGAAAAAAGGCAAUACAAGAGUUGUUUCAAUCAAAAGGAUAUACACAACUCAUCACAGCUGCAACAACAGAAAACGGGACACUUCUCGACCACAUUUACGUGUCUCAACCACAUACCUGCGUCCAAUCUGGUGUACUGCAAACGUACUACAGUUAUCACAGUCCCGUCUACUGUGUUUUAACUGAUAACCAAGGAUAAGGCACUUGCAUAUCUCCAUUCUCCUCACAUCCGUAACCUUGGUGUCACCUUCGAUAAAACCCUCUCCUUCAACCAGCACAUUUUGCUGGUGGAGGAACUGAGACAGGUAGGGGGGUACCUGCUUAUGGAGGGCUUGGUGAGGACUUUAAAGUGGAUUCGCUGGGGUGUGUCACCUUCGAUCAAACCCUCUCCUUCAACUAGCACAUCAAAAACGUCACUAAAACAGCCUUCUUCCUCACCACCUGCUUCACUGAAAUUAAAUCCUGGCUCACCAACUGCAUCAGCGGCAACAGGAAAACUGGACCCUUCAAAACCACACUCACCAAACAAGGAAGUUCAAAAUCAAUGGAUCACAAAUGGAAAACAGGAAAACUGGACCCUUCUCAACCACACUCACCAAACAAGGAAGUUCAAUAUCUCUUAGAGUCUGCAUGUACGGGGCCUAAGGUGGUAUUGUUCUGUCCAUCAAAAGGAUUCCCACAACUAUCACAGCCGGAAAACAGGAAAACUGGACCAUUCUCAGGCACACUGACCAAACAAGGAAAUUCAAUGUCAAUGGAUCACUAAUGGAAAACUGGACUCUUCUCAUCCACACUGAUCAAACAAGGAAGUUCAAUAUCAAUGGAUAACAAAUGGAAAACUGGACUCUUCUCAACCACACUCACCAAACAAGGAAGUUCAAUAUCAAUGGAUCACGAAUGGAAAACAGGAAAACUGGACCCUUCUCAACCACACUCACCAAACAAGGAAAUUCAAUGUCAAUGGAUCACAAAUGGAAAACUGGACUCUUCUCAAACACUGUCACCAAACAAGGAAAUUCAAUAUCAAUGGAUCACAAAUGGAAAACUGGACUCUUCUCAACCACACUCACCAAACAAGGAAGUUCAAAAUCAAUGGAUCACGAAUGGAAAACAGGAAAACUGGACCCUUCUCAACCACACUCACCAAACAAGGAAAUUCAAUGUCAAUGGAUCACAAAUGGAAAACUGGACUCUUCUCAACCACACUCACCAAACAAGGAAGUUCAAUAUCAAUGGAUCACAAAUGGAAAACUGGACCCUUCUCAACCACACUAACCAAACAAGGAAGUUCAAUAUCUCUUAGAGUCUGCAUGUACGGGGCCUAAGUUGGUAUUGUUCUGUCCAUCAAAAGGAUUCCCACAACUAUUACAGCCGGAAAACAGGAAAACUGGACCAUUCUCAGGCACACUGACCAAACAAGGAAAUUCAAUGUCAAUGGAUCACUAAUGGAAAACUGGACUCUUCUCAACCACACUGAUCAAACAAGGAAGUUCAAUAUCAAUGGAUAACAAAUGGAAAACUGGACUCUUCUCAACCACACUCACCAAACAAGGAAGUUCAAUAUCAAUGGAUCACGAAUGGAAAACAGGAAAACUGGACCCUUCUCAACCACACUCACCAAACAAGGAAAUUCAAUGUCAAUGGAUCACAAAUGGAAAACUGGACUCUUCUCAAACACUGUCACCAAACAAGGAAAUUCAAUGUCAAUGGAUCACAAAUGGAAAACUGGACUCUUCUCAACCACACUCACCAAACAAGGAAGUUCAAUAUCAAUGGAUCACAAAUGGAAAACUGGACUCUUCUCAGCCACACUCACCAAACAAGGAAGUUCAAAAUCAAUGGAUCACGAAUGGAAAACAGGAAAACUGGACCCUCCUCAACCACACUCGCCAAACAAGGAAGUUCAAUAUCUCUUAGAGUCUGCAUGUACGGGGCCUAAGUUGGUAUUGUUCUGUCCAUCAAAAGGAUUCCCACAACUAUCACAGCCGGAAAACUGGACUCUUCUCAACCACACCCUCCAAACAAGGAAGUUCAAUAUCAAUGGAUCACAAAUGGAAAACUGGACUCUUCUCAACCACACUCACCAAACAAGGAAGUUCAAUAUCAAUGGAUCACAAAUGGAAAACUGGACUCUUCUCAACCACACUCGCCAAACAAGGAAGUUCAAAAUCAAUGGAUCACAAAUGGAAAACAGGAAAACUGGACCCUUCUCAACCACACUCGCCAAACAAGGAAGUUCAAUAUCUCUUAGAGUCCGCAUGUACGGGGCCUAAGGUGGUAUUGUUCUGUCCAUCAAAAGGAUUUCCACAACCCAUCAACAAUCCCCAUCACCAACAACUACAAUGAAGACUUCAUGUUGCUGUUACAUCGUGAUUUUAUGCUGUAGGGGAACAUCAAAGAGACACCAACAGCAGAAGGAGAAACACAACAUAUCACAAAGCAAAUUUAAGUACACUUUUUCUUUGAAAUAAGAUUUGUUUCCAGUAGUUUUGUAAUUUACUAAAGAUAUAUUGUUCAUCUGUACUCAGAAAACACUGAAUUAAUGCUAUUGUGUUUUUCUUUCCCUUUCCCUUUCCCUUUCCAAAAAAAACAACAAAAAAAACAAAAAAAAACCCUCUUUUCUCUUCUUCUUUUCAUUCAACAUAUUGCACUCCUGUAGCGAUGACAGUUAGCUCUUAAAGUUAUGUACUUACUUGAUUCCUGUGUUCUAUGUCUAGUACCAUCAGGUUGAAUGCACUUGUCGCUUCAUCUAAUUAAUGAUUUUUUCUCCUUUUUUCUUUUCCUAUUUGUUUUUUUUGUUUUGUGAUUUUGCCAUAAAUGUGACACCUGAUGAACACCAUGCAAAGAAGGUUACAUCAUGAUUUUGUGCUGAAGGGGAACAUCAAAGAGACACCAACAGCAUAAGGAGAAACACAACAUAAACAACAAAAUAAAUUUAAGUACUCUUUUCCUUUGAAAUAAAAUUAGUAUCCAGUAGUUUUGUAAUUCACUAAAGAUAUAUUGUUCAUCUGUACUCAGAAAACACUGAAUUAAUGCUAUUGUGUUUUUCUUUCCCUUUCCCUUUCCCUUUCCAAAAAAAACAACAAAAAAAACAAAAAAAAAACCCUCUUUUCUCUUCUUCUUUUCAUUCAACAUAUUGCACUCCUGUAGCGAUGACAGUUAGCUCUUAAAGUUAUGUACUUACUUGAUUCCUGUGUUCUAUGUCUAGUACCAUCAGGUUGAAUGCACUUGUCGCUUCAUCUAAUUAAUGAUUUUUUCUCCUUUUUUCUUUUCCUAUUUGUUUUUUUUGUUUUGUGAUUUUGCCAUAAAUGUGACACCUGAUGAACACCAUGCAAAGAAGGUUACAUCAUGAUUUUGUGCUGAAGGGGAACAUCAAAGAGACACCAACAGCAUAAGGAGAAACACAACAUAAACAACAAAAUAAAUUUAAGUACUCUUUUCCUUUGAAAUAAAAUUAGUAUCCAGUAGUUUUGUAAUUCACUAAAGAUAUAUUGUUCAUCUGUACUCAGAAAACACUGAAUUAAUGCUAUUGUGUUUUUCUUUCCCUUUCCCUUUCCCUUUCCAAAAAAAACAACAAAAAAAACAAAAAAAAAAACCCUCUUUUCUCUUCUUCUUUUCAUUCAACAUAUUGCACUCCUGUAGCGAUGACAGUUAGCUCUUAAAGUUAUGUACUUACUUGAUUCCUGUGUUCUAUGUCUAGUACCAUCAGGUUGAAUGCACUUGUCGCUUCAUCUAAUUAAUGAUUUUUUCUCCUUUUUUCUUUUCCUAUUUGUUUUUUUUGUUUUGUGAUUUUGCCAUAAAUGUGACACCCGAUGAACACCAUGCAAAGAAGGUUACAUCAUGAUUUUGUGCUGAAGGGGAACAUCAAAGAGACACCAACAGCAUAAGGAGAAACACAACAUAAACAACAAAAUAAAUGUAAGUACUCUUUUCCUUUGAAAUAAAAUUAGUAUCCAGUAGUUUUGUAAUUCACUAAAGAUAUAUUGUUCAUCUGUACUCAGAAAACACUGAAUUAAUGCUAUUGUGUUUUUCUUUCCCUUUCCCUUUCCAAAAAAAACAACAAAAAAAAAACCCUCUUUUCUCUUCUUCUUUUCAUUCAACAUAUUGCACUCCUGUAGCGAUGACAGUUAGCUCUUAAAGUUAUGUACUUACUUGAUUCCUGUGUUCUAUGUCUAGUACCAUCAGGUUGAAUGCACUUGUCGCUUCAUCUAAUUAAUGAUUUUUUCU